AUGGGCGUUGCGUCCCCGCGACGUGGCUUUUUUUUUUUUCUCCCCGUGGAGCGCGUGCGUGUGUGGGAGUCCGUGUGUUUGUAUUGCAGCUGCGAGUGUGUCUGUGUUGCGCCCCCAGUCUCUCUCUCCCUCUCCCACGUUCCCCUGUCUUUCCGUCCAAACGCGCCGAAGCAGCAGCCGGAGGAGGAACAGCAGGGGGCAUUUGAAGCAGAGCGCGUGGCUCUGGCUGGCCAGUGGAAAAUGACGACGCUCGACGACCUCUACGCGUCCUACUGCCGCCGAAGAGGAUGCAAGCCAAAUAGCUCCCUCUCCAGCUACCUGCAGGAGGAGUUCGCACGACACAACCAGCAGCGGGUGCUGGAAAGCGUGGACUUGUCGAAGAACUACGUGGGCGCGAAGGGCAUCAUCCCUGUCCUGGACCUCGUCAAGAAUGUGAAGACCGUGAAGAGGCUGGACGUCAGGAACAACAUGCUGGAGCACGAGCAGCUGCAGCACCUCGUCUACUGCCUUGCCCUGCACCCCUCGAUGGAGGAGGUGGAUGUGUCGGGCAACGCGCUUGACAACGGCAGUGUUGACCUCGUUUUGCAGCUUCUCAGGGCGAAUGAGAACAUCACCGCCUUCCACGUUGGCGGCAAUCACUUCUCACCCGCAUCCCUGUCGGCCAUUGACGAGUGCCUGGAGCGGAACAGGGAACGCAAGGCUGCGCGGCAGCGGGAGGUGCUGCCUUCAAUCACGAAAAAGUUUUUUCGGGCGCAGGUGCGCGGGCUGCUGGAGGAGGCCACGUCGGGCGGCCAUGUCCACUACGCCACCUGGUGGAAGAACCAGCAGUACGUCAUGCGAACCUCACGAGGAGCCCAAGUCCGCAUCGUCAUGGAUAUCGAUGAUCCCAAGGCGGCACGACAGGCAGGUUUUUUUGUCUUCCACUCCGAUGGAACACGAAAAGUGAUUGAGGCGGAUGCGGAACAUAUUGCUGCAGAAAGUAACGUCGACCACAGCCAUUGCUUUGUGACGAUGUGGGCCGAGGAACACGCCGCGUACGCCAUCAUGCCAUUUACCUUUCAUCCAGAACGAGGCAUGUCAUUCACGCUGACUGCCGAGAUCUGCCAGGAGUACUCAAGUAGGUCCGAGGCUUGGGUGACGUUAGAGCCUGUAGAUCCCGCGCUGGACUGGCUUGUGUACGUCAUGGAGGGCGAGUGGACACCCGCCUCCGCCGGCGGCUCUCCCGCGCAGCAUCUAUGGUGCCGCAAUCCCAUGAUACAUGUACAAUACGACGGCUCUCUUCAGGCCCAUCGAAUGGCGUCGCUUGCCACUCUGUUUGUGCAGCUCAGCAAGAGCGUUGAGGCGGACGUAAACGACGAUAGACGUAUUGGAUUUGAUGUUGUCGCGCUGGACGCCACAGCAGAAAACAAACCGCCUGUCUACUGUACAGACGAGGUUUGCAAGUGUACGUGUCCUCACGCACACCGCACAACGGUUGCGGCGUCCUUUGGGAUAAAGUGCGCCGCCCUUGACCUGUUUAUCGUUCCGAGCACGGAGACACCUGGCGAGUUGGGCCCCUACACAGUGACCGUCUUUUCCUCAGUGCCCCUCCGACUGACCACGUCGGUGUUUCCUCACGGCUGGAACUACCGCGCCGUCAAUGGGGUGUGGGACGAAGACAGCUGCGGAGGGAGCCGGGAGCACAGCAUGUCAUGGAAGUGCAACCCCUCCGUUGCGCUUCGCUUCGAUGCAGGCCAGCCCCCACCAGGCUUGAUCCUCUUUAUGGAGGGCUUCUUACCAAACGCAAGGAGCCUCGUCUGCUGCGGAGACGGCAUGGACGCCUGCGGCCAACCCGUAGAUUCCCCCGCAAUGGAUGAGGAGGAGCAGCAGCAAAAGCAAGAAAAGCGAGAGUUGAAGGAAUUUUUGCAUCGCCACAGGGUGGGUCACCUGGAGGGGUGUAUCUCCCUCGUCGACGCCGCCCCACCGCUGUACCGCGCGCUCUACUCAUCCGAGUGCUCCGGUGGGUCGGUGGCGCGCCUUGUGGUGCCUGCUGUCGGCGAGGACUUUUUUCUGCUAGCCACAACACGCCACGCAGGGCAGCUGGGCAGCUUCACGCUGCACAUCUUCUCACCACACCCGUUUGUGGCUGACGAGGUGCGGACGCUGGCGCUGCGGGAACGAGAGUACCAGCUGCUGCAGCACACUCGAGACACCCAGGCACGUCAGGCAGCCAUGCUGGGGCCGGCGAAGGGCCGGCCUGGCCUGGAAGCUCCUCAGGACACGCUUCUUGCACGCAACGAGAUCCUUCGUCGGUGCAUGGUGACGGGGGAAAAGUACGUGGAUCGAGACUUUCCACGUGGUGGUUCCUCCCUGUGGGUGGAUCCAGAGGCCAAGACACCAGCGUGGUGCGGGGAAGCGAUAUACUGGAAGCGGCCGACGGAGCUGGUGGAGCGCGUCACUUUUCUUAAGGACUGGAGAUGUGACUGUCCCUUUCCCUUCUCGCGACGAGAGUGGUUUGCCUCCGUCACACACGCGAUUGCGACAAAGCCGAGGUGGUUGCAGACUCUGAGUGUCAGCUACGACGCCGCGGAGGGGUUGGUUCAGUUCCGCUUCUUCAAGAGUGGCCAGUGGACGGUGGUGGGCAUUGACGAUUACCUUCCAUGCGACAACACCAUGGAGCUGUGCAUGGGACGUCCAUCAAGCGACAAGUCGGAUUUUUUCUUUCCCCUUUUGGAGAAGGCCUACGCGAAGCUCCACCGCUGCUACGAGGCACUCGAACGAAGGGUCACCCCGGAAUUGCGCACCGUCGAGGUGAUGUGUCAUGGCCUGAUGGAUCUCUCAGGCUGCGCCCCAGUGCAUUUCCCCCUGCGGUGCUCAGUGGAGUUGACGGUGGAGCAGCAAAACAUUCUCUGGGCGAAGCUGAAGAACGCCAUUCAGCAGGACGUUCUUUUUACCUUUUUGUUGCGUAGCGACACCGCGGAAGCGGCUGAGCGGAUCAGUUUGGGCAUUUUGGGUGACCACCUGUACCCUGUACUGGAUGCACGCUUCGUAGAAGGGCAGCGGCUGGUGAAGCUUCGCCACUGGGGGCAGGAGACGGAGAUUAAUUGGGGCGGCAAGUGGCGAGCGAGGAGCCCAAGGUGGACCCCGGUCCUUCGCGAGCUGCUUCAGUUUGAUGAGGCAGAUAAGGAGACGUUUUGGUUGAGUUUGGAUGAGACGUUUUUUUACUUCACCGACCUCAUUAUGACAGCGGGGGUGCCGCACACCUCGUGGGUGUCGGCGAAUUUCUCCGACUGCCCCAAAGACGGCGGCGGCGGCAGCCGAUUGCUGGAAGGGGCCCAGUUUACGCUGCGGCUUGGGGAUUUCCCGCCGGACGUGAAGCGGGUGCAGAUUACGCUGGGGCUCCACCAGCCGGACGCCCGGGCCCGGGUCAUACGGAAAAAAGGGGCCCUGGCGACGUACCGCGCGGCAGUCGGCUUGGCGGUUGUGGCGACGGCAGACAACACCGUGUGGCUCAAGGAGGUGGCAGACGCAGAUGUGGUGAAGUAUUUAGAGCCGUGUAAAGGCCGAGAUCUCAUGUGCCCCCUGACGGUUGACAUGGAAAAUGUCAAGGGCAAGGAACGGUUGACGCUGAUUGCGUUUAGGGAGGAGCCAACGGCGGCCAGUGUCCCCUUUCUCCUCUCCGCAUGGUCCGAUAGCUGCGAGGUGGCGUUGGCUCCGAUUGAGCGGGAUGUGAAGACGACAGUAAGUGGGGAGUGGCCGCUGGAGUACCCCGUCGGCUCACCCGCGUCGUCGUUCUGGAGAGACUGUCCACAGUACUUUGUCUUUCCAAGCGAAUCCACGGACGUCUCGUUGGUUCUGCGUCAGGAAGUGGCGGUGGGCGAACUACCCAAGCCUAUUGGCUUCACCGUGCACCGUGCGACGAAGUGUCGCAGCUACCUGGAGUACGACCCCGCGACGGUGGAGUUGCGGGUGCAGGCAGCACCAUCUGCGUCUGUGGAAGCGACAAUGCGGCUACUCGGAAUGAAGGAGCGGAGGGGAAUGCCGUACAUUAUUGUGCCCUUCUGCACGGAGGCCACCGCCGGAGGUAAGUUCUGGAUGGACGCCAUCGCCAAUCGUUCGCUGCGGCUUUGCCGCAUAGAGCCCAGACUGGACUGGCACCGUGGCAGGAAGUCUGCCGCGUUCAAGUUGGCUGACGCUAGCUUCGGCGGCUCCCCGCGUUUCUCAUCGUGGCGCAGCAGUCCGCAGUUUGCCCUGACCUUCCCCGUUGGCGGCCAGGGGCGGCUCUUCCUCGUCCUGCGCAAUGACGACGUGGGCGACAAGCUGACCGAGGUCGGCAUGACGCUCCUGCGCGGCGACAACGCGUGGGAGAACGGGCAGCGACGCAAGCUGGUCAUCUCCCCAGCCGACAUUGUGGCUCGCUCCGAGGAAAAAGUUGGUGAAACCGUGAUCGAUUGCGAGAUCGACGUGCAGCCCGAAUGCACCCUCAUCCUCGCCGUGUACGCCUCCAUGCCGUAUCGCGAGGCUGCCGUGACGAUGGCCUUUUAUUCCGCCUCCGCCGUGGUCGUGGCGCCGGUGCGGGAGUGGGCGCAGGUUGCCGUGGCGGAGGGCAGCUGGGAGCUCGGCUACACGGCCGGCGGGGGGUCGGAGGAGUUUGGCGGGUGGAUCAACAACCCCUUCGUGGCACUCAACACGUUCCGGCAGACGCAGAUUGUGGCGCUGCUGCUGCAGUACCCGCGGGGGCCGGAGAAGCCAAUUGUGAAGCGGGCAGGGAAUAAAAAGGCCUUUUUGCCUCCCAUCAUCAUUAACCCAAACAACCGAAUGGAGAUUGCCCUGGACCUCAACACACAGAACACGGAACUCACGCCCAUCGCCGCUACGCCCUACACCCGCAACAGUGAGGUGGCACUCGUGGCAAGUGUUCCUGUGGCAGACCCUUUGCCCUUUCUCUUCAUCCCCCACACAAAACUCCCCGAGGGGAAUGGUGAUUUUAAACUCUUUGUGUAUGCAGACUCUCCUAUUGAGCUCUACACGCUCACGAAGGAGCGUUUGCCGUACGUCUGA